AUGAAGUCAACCUCGAGCUCACCCCCUUCGACUCCACUAUCACCCACAACGGCCAUGAGACCACCACACUCGGGGCGGUGGCCCCGCACAGCAAGGCUCGUUUGGAGAGAGAGGCAUGAUGUUGACGAGAAUGGCGAGAGCAUAUUCGUAUGGGACGAAGUCUGGACACGACCCAGCCGAAAAUUCGGCCGGUCCAAGGAGGGCCGGCUGCGACAGGUGGCGCAGAUCCCGUUCCUGGCGCCGCACUUCCCGCGGCUGCUCAGGGCCAACGGGCAGAACGGGGUCAUGACGCUGGCGCGGCCCGACUUCGAGCGCCGGGCGUCGCUGGCGGACCUGGAUCUGGCCACGGUCCGGCGGCUCCGGGCCGAGCUGCGGGCCAUCUACUCGGCCAUGUACGACAACUCGAUCGCCUACGUCUUCGCCCCCGACGGCUUCGACGUCGUCUCGAGGAGGGCCUCGGCGGGCUGGCACAUCUGGAUCGACGGCUGGAGCCAGGCGAGCAGGCACAAGGUCCGCGAGAUGGGGUCCAAGAAGACGGCGUACUUUGUCGAGAUGGAGGCCGAGCAGCUGCAGAAGAUUGACGAGCACUUUGCUCCGUUUGAGUCGCGCGCCAAGCAAAAAAUCUCAGCCAUCAUCAACCACGACCCCAUUUGA